UUUCCUCUACAACCUUGUCCCAUCACUCCUUCCCCGCCCCUCUGUUGUCUUCAUCCUCCUCCUUCUUGGAUUUGUGCCCAUCCAUCAUCAGAAUUUCAUUUUCGGCGUCAUUAUGCUUGGCGUUCUUUUUGUGGCAUCCAUCCUUUUUCGCCCUGUUCCUCCUCUGCGUCCAACAUUCUCCUUUCUUCCGGGCGUUUCUCUCUCUCUCUCUGCCUCUCAACUCCCAUUCUCUUUUGCGGUAGGCGGUCGCUUGCUGUCGCUCGUGAAUUUUCUUAGUUUUUGUUUUUAUCCAUAUUCUUCCUUGUAGGUUCUGUUUACUCCGUUCGAGCUUCGUUGCGUCGACAGCUUCAAACAAAAGACUCUCUUUGUGGCUCAUUACCUAGUACAGCUACCCGGUCUCUUCGCUGGUGCAGUCAUGCCUCCUCUACGGUUAAAACCCUAGGUGGUUGCAGACCGGGAGGGGUUAGAGGGAGGGAAGGCGGUGGUGAAAGUUCUGUGGGCGGAGAUUACUUGAACGGAGAACAUGGAAGACGAGGAUGCCGAGCUCGAGGAAGGAGAAGCCAAGGAGGCCCUCGAUCCUGAUACCGACUUUUCUUACCUCGUUUCCCCUGCAUUGUUACGAGAACCUUCCAGCCUUCGCAUGGCGUCCCGCCGAUGCAGCGAAGGAUACGAGAUUGGAAAUGUUAUUGGGUGACUGUCAAAAGGAGUUUCAAGGGGGCAACCUUUCUACAGAGAAACUGGGGUCCAAGUACGGAGGCUAUGGCACAUUCCUACCAACCCAUGCUCGUGUCCCAUCUAUGUUAUCCGAUCCCCAUCCAGCACCGACUGCUGCCGACGCUUCACGGCCUGCGGGAGAAGGAUUGAGCAUUUCAACAGAGCCUUCGAGGCGUUCCGUGGGAUCUUCAGUGCAACAAAUCAGCACGAGAGGCAACGGUGUCGUGAGUACUUUAGCAACCAAUAAUAAGGUGAAGUUAAAAAUUAAAUUAGGUAAACAAUAUGUGGAUACAGAGGAAGCGAAACGAAAGGCACUCUACAACGGAAUUGGCUUGGGCGAUUUUUCAGAUGAUGAACCAUCUUUAGACGACGAUGAUGACAGCCAUUCCCGUUCAAACGCGGAAUCCCCUGAACCAAGUUUAAUGGCCAUAAUCGAGAUGAUGACAGCGCUCUGUCCGGAAGGAGGUUUGCUCUCUCCACUGUCGGAUAACACAAUCGGGAUUAUGGACGUCAAGAAUUCUAAUUCUUACAUGCAUAAAUCUGGGAUCUCCCCUUCUGCUACUUUAAAUACGUAUAUUUCUGCAAAUAAGGUCGAUUUGGAAUCCCCUUGUGUGCCUGAUUCAGAUUGUAGGAAAAGCAAAGGGUUUGAGUCUGAUAAGCAUUCUACAGAUGGUAAAAAGGGUGGUGACAUCGUUGCCCACUCUAAUGGUGGGAGAAAAUCUAGAAGGGAUUUUGAUGCAAAUAAGUCAUCUGUAAAAGAACGUCAGUUGAAAUCUGGCACGAACGAAAACUCUAAAUCGGAGCAUCUUGAUUCUUUCGAUGAGAAAGGGAUGGAAGUACUUGGGAAAGAGGAAUUCGAUUUAGUGAAAAGUUCUCGGAAGCAACUUGAAGUGAAUAAACCCUCGGCUAUGGAUGGUCAAAAGGAUAGGGAAGCUACAGAUGGUAAAGGACCUGAGAAAUCUCAUGCCUCGAAAAACAGAGACAGUAAAGAUUUGUCUCGACCUAAAUCAACCGGGAAAACUUCUGCAUUGAGGGAAAGUGAGGCCGUUCGAAUGAUUGACAAUGUCAAGGAGAGUAAUCACAAGGUCAUUAGCCUGCUCGAGUCCAGAAAACAAGGAAAGGACGAUUGCAAAAGCUCAGCACUUGGAAGAUUCAAAGAGAACCCCAAGGAAAGGCUUGAGGAUAACCUAAGGAAGGACGUCGCAGGAGAGACGAAAGCCAAAGAUCUGAUCCGGGAAGGUUCUAAGCCCGGAAGUGCUACCAAGAAAUCUAAUAGCAGCGUCACUGCUCGUAAAGGUGUUCCACAUGAGCAGAAGAAUUCUAAGAAUGCUCAGGACAAGAAAUCGCUUGUGAAAGACUUUGAGAAUGAACGAAAGAGCAUGACAGAAUCAGUGGUUGGAAAGGAAGAAGAGAAAUUUCCAGCACCUGUUGAGGCUGCGCCAGUCUCUUUGGUGGUCCCCCAGCUGGUCUUAGACAACUGGGUCGCCUGUGACAAGUGUGAGACUUGGCGGUUGUUGAUGCCCCAUGUAGAUCCAAAAUCACUACCCAAAAAAUGGAGGUGCAGGAUGAUGGAUUGGCUGCCGAACAUGAACAACUGCAAGUGGUUGGAGGCAGAGACCACAGCAGCAGUGUACGCUCUUCUGGGGUAUCAGAAUCCUGCUCUACCUGCUGCAGGCCUUCCAGCGGCGGGUGCUGCCCCUGUUACAUUCCUGGCUCCAAUCUCAUUGGCAGAUCCUGUGGUGGACGAGUGGGCCGGUGAAGUGGAUAACAAAAAGUCUUUUUUUCCUAAAAAGGAUGUACCAGGGAAGUUGGGGGCCGCUAUUGCUAAAGUCGGUGGGGACAAAGAGAUUGAUGGAGCAAUGAAAAGUAAGAAUAUCAAUUAUGCCGGUCUUGAUAAUUCUGGUGAUGGUAUAGCAGGGAGCGACAACUAUAAGCAUAAGCAUAAGGAAAAAGCCAAGCGUACACGUCCCAGUGAAGGUGAAGACACACGGAUCAAGAAGAAAGUUUUGCAGGAACAAGAGCGUAAUGUCGACGCACCGCAAUGGAGCAAGGAGUCUAUGGACCUAGAACUUCCACAGGUUUACAAGGAGAGAACGGGAGUUUUACUACCAGGAGAAACACAGGGUAGUGGUCCAGGCAAGAGGAAGAAGACAGGGACUGCUGAGGAUCUGGAUGAGAUUCAAAAUUCGAAGAGGAGCAAGCUUGAUAGGUCAAAGUUACAAUAUGAUGACCUACAGGAUCCAAGUGAGAACUGUCUGGAAACAGAUAAGCGGGUCAAUGUACAGAAAUUAAAAAGAGAAAUUUCAGUUCAGAAGCCAGGCGAUAAUUUACACACUAUCAUACACCACAAAGAGACGAAUGAUAUCAACUCUGUCUUGGAAGACCUCAGGGAUCAUGACGGGGUUGAGAAACGCGGAGAAGUCAGGGAUCAAGGCAGAAAUUCAAAAGGUUUAGAGAAGCAGAAAAAAUCAAAGGAGGAUGCCAAUGACUCUGAUCAAAGAACGUGGAAGAAGCGCAGGGACGAUACAUCCUACCACAGACCUAGCCAAUCGAGUCCACCAGGAAAAUCGACGUACGAGAGGGAAGAUUUCAAUCGUUCAACGUCGUCUAAGGUUUCUAACUCAUCCUCAGGAUCAUCCGGCCUAGGGUUGAGGGGCGUUGGCUCUCCUCUGGAAUCUACUGUCUCAUCGUCACCUGUGAGAGUAGGAAAUGGAAAUAGAGACCUAUUCUAUAAUAGAGUUGCUUCAGGUCAUGCCACUUCGGGAAUUGACACUGGUAUGCAGUUGUCACCAGGCCCCAAGCAUGCUCGGGCUCCCUCCCGUGGAUCAUCUUUGGACGAAGGAGAAUACCGGCUUCCUGGGGUUAUACAGAAUACCUCGAGAUGUGGUAAGCAAGACUCUGGUGGUGAGGCUCGUGAUGAUGUUUGGUAUGAUGGGGAAGAUAGAGAAGCAGAUCGUGGGCAUAAUCAACAUUCAGAGCGGCUUCUACACAACUCCGGGGAUAUGGAUGAUGAUGGCCAACAACUAAGACGCCGAGGCAAUCGUGAGCGUGAUAGUGAUUCCAGGCGGUUUGAUAUCAGGGAUCACGAUGAUGUCGACCAUAGUGAUCACCAUGUUAAGGAGAGAAAUAAUGCAAGAGAUAACAAAUGCCGUCCUCCACGAGACUGUGGUCAGGAGAAAAUUACGCUGGGGCGCGGGGGUAGGGUUGCUCCUAGCAGCAAAGAUAUCAAUCGAGAAGGAGAUAGGAUUGUUUCAAACAUGUGUAAAGAUGGCGGAGGAACCGCGGUAGGACCGGCGGAUCUCAAUAAAAGGCCAGUCGCUUCUUCAAAUACUCGCGGUGGGGUCGAUAGAGGGGAGGCAUUGAAACGGGAAGUUACAGAAGCUCGGUUAGCAAAGCCCUUGGUCGUGGAGAUAGCUACAGUUAGCCCUGCAAAGAAGGAACAUGAUCACGCUAUUCAAACAUCAAAGAAAUAUAUGCAAGAUGCGAAAGAUUUGAAGCACUCAGCAGAUCGACUGAAGAUGAAACAGAAAGCACCAACUUUUGCUGAUGAAACAGAAAGCACCAACUUGUAUUUACAGUCAGCUCUGAAGUUCUUACAAUCUGCAGCAAUACUGGAACCUCUACAGUCAGAGAGUAGCACUUUAAAGUCGAUGGAACUCUACAAGGACACAGCUGGCCUUUGCGAGUUCUGUGCUUGCCAGUAUAAACGACGGGGGGAUCUUAGAGCUACAGCUCUGGCUUACGCAUGUGCCGCCGUAGCUCGUACAAGGCUUAUGAUAUCAAAGAAAACAUUCUUUGCAAAUGACUGUAAGGAGUUCCAGUCUGCUAUAGAGUCGAAGUCUGGCCCACAAGUUCCCUCAAACGGGGAGUCUCCGUCAUCUUCUUCAGCCUCAGAUGUGGACUAUCUCAAUAAGCACCACGGUUUAAUUUCUGGUAACAAGGCCUUGUUGGGCAAGGCAGCAAUUGUAUUCCCUCAAGUGGUAUCGGGAGCAAAUGGCACUUCAGUCAGCAUUCCUGCAAGGCUGCGGCCAGUUGCGACUCGAUUUCUAAAAGAUGCUCAGGACAUGAGUUUGCUACUGGAGUCAUGGCAGAAAGCUGCAGAUGCUACAACAAAGGCGGAAGCAAGUAAGGAGACACAGGGUUUGGCUGCCGUGAAGCACGUGGGGGAGUUGGGCGGUCUGGGUGAUAUAGAUGGAGUUGUACGAUUAGUGCGGGUUGCACUGGAUGCUAUCGGCCACUAGUUAGGCGAGGCACUUGCCAGAGAUCCGAGAAUGGAGAAGAGGAUGGCGGUGAGUUUGUAAAACGAUUUUUUAGGGUUUUGCUCAGGACAUGAGUAAACGAAUCCUGGUUGAGCAAACCUUAAGUGAAUACUUGUACCAGUAUAUUGUUACAAAACAAAGUUUGAAUAGGUUAGGACAACAUUGCUUCCACCUACCCGAUCUCUCAACCAAAUGGCUGGAGAGAUUCAGACAUUAAAAUCGUCCACAGUUGGAAAUUAGUUACAAUUAAAUCGUAGAUUUUUGUUAAAGUAGAUAAUUCUUAUAUACUUCAUCGACUUCGUUGCCCAACAAAAGUCGAGUAAUGUUUUCAACAGUUGUACAAAUUUUCUUUGAGUAUAUGAUACGACCACGAGUAGCAACAAAAAAUGUUGCUAUAGUUGAUUGCUUCUACUGGUCUUUUUGCCACUUUC